AUGUAUCCUCAAGUGGGAAAUGAGUCUUCCGGCUCUUGCAAUGACCUGAGAAAUCGUCAUCAUGCUCUAAACAAAAUCUCCGCCCAGCGGAGCGCCAAAUUUGUUCAUUCAGAACCUACAGUUUGGCAUCAUUUACGCCGACAACACAUCGGAAUAUGCUCUCUCGGAGCGUCAAAUGCUACAGUCGACUUUUUGACGUCCUAUCGACUGGUCGAGACGUCUAAGCUGGAAACUUACGCCAAAUCCUUCGUGAUUGAAGACUACGAGGACAUGGACGGACGCAUAAAUCUCAGGGCAGUCAGCUGA